AUGGCAAAUAAUUAAAUCUCUACUUAAAGAUUAAUGCGUGAAAAACAAAAGAUGGAGUAAAAUCCAAGUGAUACCUUUUUGGCAUUACCUACUCGUUAGAAUAUUUUUGAAUGGCACUUUGUUUUAUUUAAUUUUGCUAAUGAUUCACCAUAUAAAGGAGGAUAAUUUCACGGAAUAAUCCACAUCCCAUCUGACUACCCACUUAAACCUCCAUCAAUUAAAUUUGUUACUCCAAAUGGCAGAUUUGCUGUUGGAGAAAAAAUAUGUUUGUAAAUAUCAUAUAUAAGACUCUUAGAUCAUUCACAAAUUAUCAUCCUGAAACAUGGAGUUCUUCAUGGACAAUUGCAUCUAUGCUUAUUGGUUUAAUAUCAUUUAUGCAUACUAAUGAAAAAACAGUAGGUGGUGUUGAUUGUAAUAACUAUUAGAAAUAAAUAUAUGCAAAAUAGUCAAUUAAGCAUAAUUUACUUAACCCAUAAUUUAUUGAACUAUUCUCUCCUCAUUUUGAAAAGUUAUCUAUACGUUUAAAUGAAACUUAAGAAAGUUAAUCUUAGUAACCUGAUUUUCAGGUAAACUUACUUCCAUAAAGACAAGAAGAAUAGGCUGAUAUAAAUGCCAAUAACAAUAAUAUUAAUAACAAUAAUGCAGCUAGAAAAUUGAUAGUCUUAAUAGUUUUAUUGUUAGCCGUUAUAUUAUUAAUGUCCUAUGUGAUUUUUGGAUUAAUUUGAA